CAUAACAGUUGCCCAUGGAGAGGUGUGACGCUUCGUGGAGCUAGAAAUAGAAUGUUGUCCUUAUACAUGUGAAACGGUAUUGAUUUUGUUUCUUUUGUAAACAAAUUAAAGACUUUUAAUCAUGAUGUUUCGUUUUUAUAUGACAAAGUUAGAUUUAAGUUUGUAAAGCAGUUCAAAUGAUGGAUUAAUUUUGUAAUAUUUUAGUGAAAAUGAACUAUGACACGAGAUAUAAUAAAUACUAAGUAAGAAAAAGUGGUAAUUUCUUCUAUGACGGAAUAACCAAAGUUGUAGAAAGGAUAAGCAAUUGGCAAUGAAAACAACAGAAAGUGAUUUAAGUAAUGCAAAUUCAAAUUGUAAGGUCAUUCUAAAGAAAAAUGGCAGUAGAGGUUCAUAUGAACGAAAAUCGUCAACUGCUGACUGCUCUGACCGGUUUUAGCGAAGAAUCAAAGUAUGAUGACGUAAAUAAUUUAAAAAAUACUGUUAAUGAUAACUGGAACGAAGCAGUCACACCAUGGAAGGCUGUUUCUUCACACCCGAGAUACUAUCCUUACCAAACAUCUCUCGUGAUUAAACGAAAAUCUAAACCUACUGACAAUAGGGUACCAGACUGGCAGAAAACCAGUUCAGAUGGCGAAGCCAAGCAAACUGUUCGUUGUGUUGGUGAUGAAUUGGACAGUGGUUCAUAUUUACACUGGAAAGGAAUGGUCGAACAAGUUACAUACAGAUACGUGCCUCACAAUGGGUACUAUAGAACAAUGAAAUUUUUAGGUUUAGAUAAAAGGGAAUGGUUCACUGUAAACAAAAAACAACCAGAGCAAGUAUCUAUGAGCUGGCAGAGCAAAAGAUAUCAGAAAGAAUUGAAACGCCAAUUAAAACGCGAAUUUGAAAAACAAAACAAAAGAGAAAGUGAUCAAAAAGAUUCAUUGAAAUUACAGUUAACUCAAUUAGACAUACAAUCGGAAGAGACCUGUUUGGAUAUAUCGGAGAAACAAGAAACUAGAAACGACCAAUCACGUAGACGCGCGAAAAGUACGAAAUCAUCCGACUUUUCUAAACGUUGCCAGAAAGACCAAGACGGGUAUCUUAUUCCAGAAAUCAAAAGUGCUCCUUUAUUGCCUGGAGAUUUAUAUAAAUCUAGAAGUGACCUAUAUAUUGAAAACAUUUCAUCGCGUAUAAACGCCUUAGAAAAAGAAAUAGCGAACGAUACAAGAUUACGGAAACCUCAGGAAGAUCCUGUAAAACAGCUGUUUAGACCUAAAGGAAAGGAAAAGGGAACAGAAAGAGAUGUAACUCCUCGUCCUUAUAAGAAAGAAUCAUUACCAGAAGAGGUAUUUACUGCCAAAAGUAUAGGGACAGUCACACAAGAACUAAAACCUCCGGAGAAACUUAAUCCAAUCACACGGCUGUCAACAGCUUCCACGUCCGAUUCUAAAAGUGCACCCGUCACUCAGUUAAAAUAUACAACUUCGUCAGGAAAUAACGCUGCCAGUUUUAAUCUACCAACUCUUGAUCUCGAGAAAACGUUAAAUUCGUACAAGAUGGCAAUAGAAAACACAAGACAAUCUUUAUUAACAACUCUCAAUGGAAAACAAAUUGCGCGGAGAACUAUUACUAGUAAGAACUAUAGUUCACCAACAACCAUCACAAUAUGUGACAACGGAUCCGACAAAGGAUCGAUUCAGGAUUAUAUCCAGCCACUGAAGGGAGAUAAGCGGUUCAGAAAUAAAAAGGAACCGCUAAAUGGUGUCGCUGCUCUUUUGCCCGAAAUCGCGGGAAAGCGAUUAGAAGUUCCAACGACUACACAUAGAUGGCUAUAAAAAUUACAGGACGUCGAAUUACGUUAAAUUCUGUAAGAUAAAAUGAAGUAAUCUAUGAUAAAGUGUAAUACAAAAAAAAGUUUGAAGCCUGAACAACAGUGGUUUUCGUAACCCGAAUAAUACACUCACUCCCCGUAAUCGACUCUCCCACUCGCGAGGGUUUAGCCCCCGUAGAGCAACGGAAUAUAACGACUGAAUUAUUCGGGUUAUAGUUUUCGUUGUUUUGUGAAUGAACUAAUUCCAGUCAAAAAGAAUGGUGCUUUGAUGCUAUGUGCACUAAAUAACUAACUUGUUAUCUUCGUUUUCAAUGAUUUACAUAUCUGUGGAAAUGCAAAAUGCGACUGAUUUAUUUCAUUUUUCUAAAUUUCUGAUAGUAAAAUGUCGAGGAUGAUUUCUCAUAUUUAACAUUCACUAAGUUUUAAGUUAGAAACUAUUGGUUAAUUGAUUUAUGUUCGAUGUCAGAGGCGAAAAUUAAUGCAUACUAAUUUCAAUUGAGGACUAACAGUAGUACAUUUAAAAAAUUGUCUUUGUUUUUAUUUUAUUUUGCUAUUCGUUUAUUUUUUAGAAUUUGAAAGUAGAAAUAUGACAAAUUUUAAAAUAAAACUAAAAGGAUCGCAAAUAACAGUAUACCUGUUUAAAUCCAUGGCUUUUCUGAUGCGCUUUGCAUUUCCAUGUGUAAAAAUUCAAUAUUUGAACAUGUUACUGUAUAAAAUAUGGAUAAUUUAUGACAUCCAUUUAAUCAGAUUUUUUUUCCAUUUGAAUCAAACAGUUGGUAGGAGUGCAAUACGCUCAGAGUGCCAAAAUACUCGGGAUUCAAAAGAACGAUUAAGGAAUUUAGCUCAUUAUUUUACUGCCAAAAUCAAUACAAUUCAUUUUCAACUUAAAAUUAAUCCUACAUGCAAAUACCAACAGCUUAGAAAUUGCUGACCACGGAAUACAAUGUAGAACUGUAAUUCCAAUAAAUAAGUAUAUUGUAAGGCCUUGAAAUCACAAAACCAAUUAAAAUGAUUGAAUUUAAAGAUUAAUCAUAGAAUAAGAAUGACAUCAUUUUUGUUUAUAGUUUAAGAUAAACAUAAAAGGAUAGCACAAGUUACCAAACAUAUCGGACAGCACAAAAGAUCAACACAACCAUCAACGAUCGUUUCCUCCGACAACAUCAACGUGCAAACACACACCAAUUAUUUUUGUAGCAGCGAAGUAACUUCUGGUAUUUUUUAUGUUUCAAUGAAACUGAAACCACCCCAGUCAUUUGUAUGACGAAUCGUGUACCAUUUACCCUGGAAGGUCACAAACAAUUUACAUGUACAUGUAUAAUCUUGUUUUUUUUCUUUUUCAUUGUGCAAUCACUUUGUUAAUAUAGUGCCUUUUUUGGAUUGUUUGAGCAAUCCUUAUUGUUUUAUUUGUAUAAAAUGUUUAUUUGUAACAAAUAUUUAUUUACAACAUUAAAUAUGUAUACUCUUUUA